AUGCGCGCACCCUCACACAUCGACUUCCGCACCGCCGUCAAGAUGAGCCAACAGACAGCUAUCAUAUCCGGCGUGCCCAAACUCAUGCCACUGCCCUCAUAUCAGAGUCAGAUCAUCGAUGAGUGCUAUUCGUACAUACCAAGCCCUGAGCCAGAGCUGAGAUACACGCCUGAUAUUGAGCAAGAUGGCUUCCCGUGCUCGAGGGGAGGGACACCGCAGACACCUAUCGAUACGUUUGGCUUCAAUGAUCCAUUUCCGUUUAUUGAAAAUCUGGAAUACCUGGACGGCCAGCCGUGGUCUGGAGAUGGCCUAGUACCUGUUGGUCUGGGAUUUGAGGAUAUGCAAAUGUUGAUGCCAGACGAUAGCUGGACAACACCAGAGCCUGGUCAGGUGGCGCAGGCGAACAUGUUCGCACAGAAUCCUGAGAUGCAAGACAGCUUCGACACUUCGCUCGAUACAUUGUCUGCUGACUGGUCUGUCUUCCGAAUGCCAACACAAGACGACAGUGUCCCUCCCUCGAAAGAUGUCAACACUGGCCUUGACUCUGGGAUUGUCAUGCAGGGCGAGUGGACUCAGCCGCCACCGCCACGGCAAGACACGUUCGUCGACAUGGGGAAUCUGAUCACAUCGGCGCCGUAUGUGCCGAAGAUGCAAGUAAUACCUGGCCACGCGCCGGUAUGGGAAGACGUGUUCAUGCCGAGUUCAACAUCUUACGGAUAUGGGGCGUCGGAGCAUUACCCUCGACUCUGA